ACUACUUCAUCCUACUAAUAAACAUGAUAAGAUUAUCACAUUAUACAUUUUAGUAAUACUGAUGACGAUAAUAACCCCCAUUCUAUUAUCGAUCAAUUUCCACGCAUAUGAUUUUUCUGUUGUUCCUUCCAAAUUUGGUUUACUUCGAUUGUUAUCUCAUUUGAUUGUCAAUCUUAAUUUAAUUUUCAACUUCUUUGAUCCCGAUCGGUUCCUAAUAGUGAUCUGAAAUAAGUAUAAAAGUUGGUGCAAAUGUACGUUGAAAAUAAAAAUGACUAAAUAAUGAAGAGUAAAAAAUUUAAUUAUUUAGUUAUUUUUUUAACAAAUUUAUUGAAAAUAUACACGUAUAUAUAGUCCCGUUACUCUCGUAAUUCAUAAAAAAAGAUAAGUUUUUAGAUAUGAUAUCGGUGUAUUUUCUUUAACUAAAUAAUUUGGAAAAGUUUGUUUCUUGAAUUUGAACUCAAAAGUCGGAAUUACAUUUUAUUUGUUGCUUUCAGAUUCCGAAAUACUCAAUGAUGAUAAAGAAAGGAGCAAACCAAAAGAGAAAAU